AUGCUCAUAGCCGCCCUACUCAUGCUCAUCUUCGCCUCUUUCGACAUCGCCUUGACGAUCCGACUGACGCUCAAAGCGCUCACCGGGAGCCCAACCUUGGAACAAUUGCAACAAUAUUUCCACCUAGAGUGGACGUAUACGAUGAGAGUGGGGUGUUAUGUCGGGCAGACGUUUAUGGGGGAUAGUAUUCUGCUCUAUCGGCUAUGGGUCGUCUACGAUAGACGGUGGUCCGUCGCUCUCGUGCCGACUAUCCUAUGGCUCGGAUACUCGGUCCUGGCCCUCCUCUAUAUCUACGGAGAAGAAGUCAACAGACACGGCCAUGUAAACUGGUUCACACUCCAGCUAUUUGUUCUCAGCACUAGCAUGCUGGUCACCACUCUCGUCAUGAACCUCCUUACAACCGGUCCGUACUCAGGGUUGAUUGUCUUUGAGCUGUGGAGAGUUCAAUCGAGAGUGAAGCCAUGGAGUGUCAGCGUCAGUCCGCUCUGGAAGCUUGGCGUCAUAUUUAUCCAAUCGGGACUCUUGUACACGGCAAACGUUCUCAUAUUUGCUGCCUUGUUCAUCGCCAACCAUAACGGCCAGGCGGUGAUGCUCAAUGUGCUCAUUCAAAUCAUUGGCAUUACCUUUAACCUCAUCAUUACGAUCGCCAGCCGGGCAGGAAGAGAAAAACCAGCUCCCACCUCCACCAACUUCCUGAGCAAAAUCCGAUUCGAGGUCGUUCCUGAGACCCAAGCCGACACGACUCGGAUGUCCUCCGACCCUCACACCUCCACGGCUUUCCAUUCAACACAUCCUUCCCAUAUAACGACAGCAGUCUGCUCCGACUCGACCCAUGAGAAAGGUAUUAUCAAGUCAGAACAGAUGGGCUCAGUUGCGAUGAAGGAAGUCAACGGCGAGAAGAAAGUUUUAAAUGGUGUGUUUGUUCCACUGUUUCAGAAGUACCGCUGA